UGUAAAUUUUUGGUCAAGAACUUCUUCAAAGCCGUCUAAGCUUCUCCGGGUAUGCACUCUGUCUCGCUCUCCUUCCAUAAGAAUUCACUUAAUUGCAAUGCAUUUAUAUAGUUUGCUAUAUUUGUAUUGUUCACAAUACAAAUAUAUAUAGGUGUGGUGUGAACUGCUCCUGUUUUUUUUUUGUUGGGUUUUUUCAAUAUGGUGGUGGAUGGUGUAAGAUGGAGCAUAUUAUGAUUAACAUGGUCUUCUUCUUGGAUGAUCUUUGAUUUGAAAUGAUAUUCUGCUAUUCAUUAAGAAAAAAGAGUCAAGCUAGAAUUACUGUGAAAAAAGAUAACUCUUUAUUAAUAAAGCAUUAAGAAGAAGUGACUAGCAAAAGAUAGUCAUUGAUGAUUGAGGGAUAUGUUAAGAAGCAGAGUUUAGCAAUCUUUAGUGUCUUAACCAAAAAUUUAUAGAUAAAACUUUUUGCACGGCGUGGUUCAGAGUUUGAGAUUCAGAGGAUUACCACCUAAAGGAAGAUCUAGGUGUGAAGUGGUCUGGUUAAAAUCAGUGUGCUUAUAUGUAUUCUCUACUCUAACAUCCAUAGCCUGCCCACAGCUACCUAGCAAUUAUGUCUCCCCUAAUUAUAAGGAUGGCAGGACAACAAAGGAACAUUUGACCCAACAUUUUCUGUAAUGAUCUAAUCGUAGCAAUUAUGUCCCCCCUAAUUAUAAGUUGUUUCCUGCAUCAAAAGAUUUUGGUCAUCCAUGUCGGUUUAUAUUGUUGAGGGGUCUCUCCACUUGUUUCCUGUUGGUUUUGGGUUAGAUAUCUCUGCCAUGAUAUUAGAGCCAAGACGGGCGAUUUGAAUUUCUCGUUAUCCAUGUUUGUUUGUUUGUUUAUUAGCCUAAUAAUGACUAUUCAAAAAUGAUGGCUAUACUCUCCUUUCUCUCAUUCUUUUCUGGUAAAUGAAAUACCAUUAGAGAGCAUUGAAGACUGGGUUGCAGUCCAUUUACAUUCAGUUUUUUAGAGAACCCACAAAAAAUUCCAUACAAGAUGCCCUCGCAAGGUCCAAAAGAUGAAGCUCCUAAAAAAAUGGCAAAGGAACAGAGACAUCUAAAGUAGCCAGAAGGACAAACUACUGCAGGUUACAUCCUUCAGCUUAGGAACAGGAAUACCAAUCUCUUCCAAUGAUCUUCUAUUCUUCUAUUUCUAUAUACAAGGCAAAGCAGGUCCGUUUCCAAUAGCCGUUGUGAUGGUCUUCUGGCUCUGCACCUUCUCCAACUCGCAAAGAAACGUAUCAACUGCAAAAGUUGGCAUUAACCAACUUUUCUUUUUAUAGUUGCAAACUUUAAUUUGGCGAUGGCAUCUUUGGCUGGUCAACUGGUUAUCCCCUCAAACAGUGGUCGUAGGGUGUGGGAAGAUCCAUCAUUUAUCAAGUGGAGGAAGAGAGAUGCUCAUGUUUCACUGCACUGCCAUGAUACAGUUGAAGGAUCUCUUAGAUACUGGUAUGAACGCAACAAAGUGGAUGUUCUGGUAUCUAAAGCAGCAGUCUGGGAUGAUGAUGCUGUUUCUGGAUCUCUUGAUUGUGCUGCUUUUUGGGUCAAGGGCUUGCCUUUCGUUAAGUCUUUAUGUGGAUAUUGGAAAUUUUUACUGGCUCCCAGUCCUACCAGUGUUCCCCAGAAUUUUUUCGAAAGUUCAUUCCAGGAUUCUGCAUGGGAAACUAUACCAGUUCCUUCCAAUUGGCAGAUGCAUGGAUAUGAUCGGCCCAUAUAUAGGAAUGCUGGAUAUACAUUUCCAAUUGAUCCACCAAACGUUCCUCAGGACAAUCCGACUGGCUGCUACAGGACAUAUUUCCACCUUCCUAAAGAAUGGGAAGGUCGUAGGACACUUUUACACUUUGAAGCGGUUGAUUCUGCCUUCCAUGCUUGGAUAAAUGGGAUUCCUGUUGGAUAUAGUCAGGAUAGUAGAUUGCCUGCUGAAUUUGAAAUCACUGAUUUCUGUCAUCCAUAUGGGUCUGAUAAGAAAAAUAUUCUAGCUGUUCAAGUAUUUAGAUGGAGUGAUGGUUCUUAUCUGGAAGAUCAAGAUCAUUGGAGGUUAUCUGGGAUUCAUCGUGAUGUGCUUAUUUUGUCCAAGCCUAAGGUUUGUCUUCUCUUCUUUAUUGCCUUUAUAAGCAAGGACAUGUACAUGAGCGCAAGUGUUUUUAGUUUUGCUUGA